CCUCCACCCCAGAGGCUGUGCCCACGUGGCGUGAGAGCCGCUGCUCAUCAUAGUAGAACUCAUGGUGUACGUUGUGGAUUAUAGCGUCAAAAUACUACGUGUUAUAGGAAAGGACACGGGUUGUGCUACAUCCAACCGGUUAAACCGGACCUCUCGCACCAGCCACCGGUUCCCAUCACUUGGCCAAGGUUGCGCACUCCAGCAAUGAGCCAGAGAUGUCGGCCGCAUCCUUGGCGUCCUUUGUGUAUGCUCGGCUGUCUUCCCCGGACGCAGACAUGACAGGGAGACCUCGGCACUCCUUGUCAACUCCGAGGCUCACCGCUGUCUGGAGGACCAAGUCGAUCCCCUACAACAUUCCGGCCCACACCACAUCUCCCUUCAAGGAGGACGGCUCGCUGUUACGGCUCCUGCGGGCCAAGUCCAUGCCGUCUCUUGUACUGGAGGAGCAACUAGCCGCGCGAACUCGAUUCGAUCAGUCGCCAGACACUACAUUUGAUAAAUCCCCGCCGAGGAGGAGGAGCAGCAGCUCUCCCUCGCCGCCUCCAUCGGGCGGAAGGAGGUUGUUCAGACAAAGGUUGAGUCAAGAUUUGAGGGAAGGAACAGAUUUUACAAGUGCUUUUGUUAGCACACCAAUGAAUAGCCCGCGGGAUCAGUCACCAGCAGAGCAGCGGAAGCUCACGCGGUCCGCCUCUGAUGGCCACAUCUGGGCAAGACGUAAAAAGCAUCUGCGAGAUGUGAGAAAUGAGUUUCCAGUCGGUACCCUGCCAUCAGUCAAGACUCUGAAGAACAAGUUUGACGGUAGUCUUGAAGGAGUUCAUUUGACGACAGAUUCGGGACAGUCAGACACACAUGAGCGUCAUCUUGACGCUAAGGGAACUCGCUACGUUACGAACAGGAAGUCCAGCCGCCAUGAGAGUUUAGAAAGAUGGGUCGGAGAAGAAGUUGUAGAGUCUCACGAGGAAUUAUCAGAUCCUCUUGGGAAGACAUUCAAGAAACUUUUACAGCGAUUUGAAACUUCUCCUCCGUUUGACUCGAACUACAAUGAACGCAAAAGAAGCCCAAUGAACACUCGCCAGACAGAUGGUACGGAGAAACCCCCGACAUUCAGCCCAGAAAGCUCGUCUUCUCCGCGACGAGUCAGGGAAAUGGUAGGAAGUCAGUCCGAGAGGAAGCCCAGACUUAAGACCAAGAGCAGAGACUUGGUCACUCGUGUUCGAGCGAGGAGUGAACCGGAUCCUUCUGCUAUAAAGCGUCUCAGCACCGAGACAGUCCCAGUGUCGGUGAAGAAGCUCAAGAUGCAGUUUGAGAUGCAAAGUGCUCAACAGGAAAGUAGACCGUGGCAGAGACAGGCAACAGCAGAGCCAGCUCUCAAGACAGCUAGAGCUCCUGUGGUGUCUUACCAACAAAAUGCCGCUAGAGAAACCGGAAACAGAGACUCCUAUCAUCUUAAAUCUGAGCUCCAGGAACUUAAAGAACGUGAGACAAGGACCGUGAAAGCUAGUCCAGAGGUGACAAUAGACUCCAAAACUACACCUUCCGUUAGGAAACUAAAGAUGCAAUUCGAAGAGGCAUUAUUGGCUCAGUUUAACAAUAGGACCAUUGAGAGAGACGAUACCAGCAAGCCUCGCAUGGCCAUUAAAGCGGGGCUCAGGUCACCCUUCGAGGGUAACUCCCACAGCCACGAAUCAGAGAUUACGAAGAUCGAGGAAGUGGUGGCGGGUGGGAGUUUUGCCGCCUCACAAAUGUUUUCCACUACUUCAGUAAGGAACCUUCUUCGCCAGUUCGAGACCAGUAGCCCUGAGGAAACCAACGACGAAGUACCGAAGUUUUCCUUCGAGCGCAAAGGUUCUAUAGACCACAGAUUCCCGAUUGAAACCAAAAAUAUAACGGAAAGGAUUCGCAAACCAAAAUACAAAUCGAGAAACGAUAGACGACCAAAGCUUGAGGCAGAUACUCAGAUUGAUAAAAGCAGCUCUUCCGAGAACGAAGAGGACACAGGCCGUGACAGAGACACAGUCCGUGACAAAGCUCCCAGGGCCAACGAGAGCUUCACGGCCUAUGCCGGUGAUGAUGAAAUGACGACAGAAUUAAAGAUACAUAGAAUAAUAGAUGAAGCUGUGAAGGAAAGUAAUUGGGAGAUCGAUGAACAUUGGGAAACGGAACAGAAAGGGAAAAUAAAUGACACCAUAGAACAAUCUCUGAUAAUUGGUAAGGAAAAUAUUGGUACAGAAAUCCAAAAGAAACUAGAGAACACUGAAGACGGCGAAAAGGAUAGGCGGAGAAUAAGUGAAGAACAAAAAGAGGAAGACCAACGAAGUGAACAAGAACGAAGGAAGAGAGAGAGAUUGGAAUAUUACCCAGUUGAGACGAAACCAACUGAAAAUAAACAGGAACUCGUAACUUACAGAGAAAUGGAUGAAUGUAAAAUAGCCCCAAACCGAGAAAAGCCAGAAGAGGAAAAGCCACAGCAAAACCCCGAGAUAAGGAUAGAUAACGUAGAACAAAGUAAAGAGACAACGCAAAAACGAGACGAUAAGACUGAAACAAGCGGUGAAGGCAUCAGAGACUGGCAAGAUUGUUACGUGAAGGAGGGCUGGCGUACACACGAGGCCGACACGUCCGGCGACACGUCCCCGGAGAAGGUAGGUGAACUCGUAGGUAAAUUUGCCACCAUCCAAGAAACGGAGAUUUCCGUCCCACUGGAGAACUCUGAAAAAGACCCCGCCGAUUACAAAGUUGGCAGACUCAUCGAUAAAUUUACUAAUCCUCGAGAUAUGGACUUCGAGGAGGAACGGCAGGAGAACGGCGUCCAGAAUCUGGUAGGCGGAGACGGCCGGAGACGCCUCUCUGAUGUCACUGCUCUCGUCAGCAAAUUUGCCAAGAUCAACAUGGGUGACCACGCGUUAUCAGAUUCGGAGGAAGCCAUCGCAAAGGCGAGAGCCAUGGCGCCAAUUCCCACCAUCCCAGCGAAGAGCGUGCCCGGUAAAGUUCGCACACUGAAGGCCGACGAGCUGCGCUUCUUCGAGACUGGCAACACAAACGAACCCUUCGUCAGGAGCCAGAGCCUCAGGACGAAGAAAUCUGAGCCUCCACCAUUUACUAAACCUCGAAGCGGAUCAUUACGUGAAAAGAAAAGCAGAAUGGCGACUUUGUCAGAGCCAGAGGGCCACUCUACAGCGGCAAAAGCUUCUCUUCCGGGAAAUUGCCGCCAGCUUCGUCCCGAUGAACUUCGCUUCUUCGGCAUCGAGGCAAACACUAUUUACUCCGUGAAAGAAACAAGUAUGGACAUCAGCAACGAGGAACAAAAUCAAACCAUCCAGGAAAAUCAAAGCAACGAGUCGCAGGAUUUUCGUCUAGAUAGCCAGGGUGAUCUACGUGGGCUUAGCGGGUUCCCUGGCGAGGAUAACAAUCAAUCCACGAACUUUGAAACCAAAACCGGUUUUGAAACUGACUCUGACUCCGAGGAAAGCAUCCUGAGAGGGGGUGACUCUUACGAUGCAGAAGACUUACUACUGGUAGAUGAACCGCGUAAGUUAGACUUAAUAGUUCCGAGUCACGAAAAUUCUGAAACCUCUUCCGAUUUUGAAGAAGAAUUCUCCCAUCAAAUUCAACAAACUACUGUAAGGAAUGUUGGGAUGGAAGAUGGCUUAGAGCCAUUAGAAUAUGAUGGAAGUCUGGAACAUUCCCUUGAAUUUCCCACUGAAGAUGCUGCGAUUGCCGAACAAAGCAAGUCUACCCUUAAACUUGCACCAGAGAAAGAAAACAAUUGUUCUUCUGCAGCUGAAGAAAACGGCACAAAUAUUGACGUUAGAGCGAGAGAGGAGACUAAAGUAGAAUUCAGUGAUACGGAAGAAAAUAAUUGUAUUCAGUUUAAUUUAAAAGAAAGACAUAGCACGGAAAAACCAAAGUAUAUAAAUGAUUCUAGUGAAAGUGAUGCCAAGCAAAAGGAGGCACCCAAAUUAAUUCAAUGUACAGACCUGUCCAGUGUAUUGUCGCAUCUUGACCCAUACGCUGUGCACAGAGUCCAGCCCCUUCAAGUCAUGGAAAAUAGCACAAAUAUUGAUUUUCCUCGGGAAGCCGAAGAAAAAUCAAUGAAACAGGAAAGCGGAGAGAAUAUCGAAGAAGCAAAGAGGGCAAUUAAUGAAAGCGCUUACACCUCGGUAAUUAAAGAAAACAUGUGUGUCUUAAGCUUGCAAGAAACACCAGACGACAGUGCUCAAGACAGAACCAGAAGUGGAGAUCAUACACACCUUCGAGACCAAAGCAUUGCAGGUUGCACAGGGCAAGCUGCUCUACCCAUCUCUACAGGCCCACUCGCGCAGGGCAAUUUGCAAUUAUUGCUUCCUCCCCCGCCUAUGCAGAGCGGCUUCGGACAAGGAGCACUAUUUCUGCGUCCUGAAUUAAGGAGCAAGUCAAUGGAGGCGACGCUACUGCAGUUACAACAGUGGGUCAGGCUGGAGCACGAUUACGUUGAUCUGGGUCAUCAAUCACCAGAUGGUGACCUUAGGGAUAAGGUGGAUCAUCAAUCACCGGAAAGUGACCUUGUGGAUAAGGUGGAUCAUCAAUCACCGGAAAGUGACCUUGUGGAUAAGGUGGAGCAUCAAUCACCGGAAAGUGACCUUGUGGUUAAGGUGGAUCAUCAAUCACCGGAAAAUGAAAUCGUGGAUAAGGUGGAGCAUCAACCACCGGAAAGUGACCUCGUGGAUAAGGUGGAACAUCAAUCACCGGAAAGUGACCUCGUGGAUAAGGUGGAUCAUCAAUCACCGGAAAGUGACCUCGUGGAUAAGGUUGAGCAUCAAUCACCGCAAAGUGACCUCGUGGUUAAGGUGGAGCAUGAAUCACCGGAAAGUGACCUUGUGGAUAAGGUGGAACAUCAACCACCGGAAAGUGAAAUCGUGGAUAAGGUGGAGCAUCAAUCACCGGAAGGUGACCUCGGGGAUAAGGUGAAGAAUCAAUCACCGGAAAGUGACCUCGUGGUUAAGGUGGAUCAUCAAUCACCGGAAAGUGACCUUGUGGAUAAGGUGGAACAUCAAUCACCGGAAAGUGACCUCGUGGAUAAGGUGGAGCAUCAAUCACCGGAAGGUGACCUCGGGGAUAAGGUGGAGCAUCAAUCACCGGAAAGUGACCUUGUGGAUAAGGUGGAACAUCAAUCACCGGAAAGUGACCUCGUGGAUAAGGUGGAACAUCAAUCACCGGAAAGUGACCUCGUGGAUAAGGUGGAACAUCAAUCACCGGAAGGUGACCUCGUGGAUAAGGUGGAACAUCAAUCACCGGAAAGUGACCUCGUGGAUAAGGUGGAGCAUCAAUCACCGGAAGGUGACCUCUGGGACAGGGUGGAGCAUCAACCACCGGAAGGUGACCCCUGGGACAGGGUGGAGCAUCAACCACCGAAAGGUGACCCCUGGGACAGGGUGGAGCAUCAACCACCGGAAUGUGACCUCUGGGACAGGGUGGAGCAUCAACCACCGGAAGGUGACCCCUGGGACAGGGUGGAGCAUCAACCACCGGAAGGUGACCCCUGGGACAGGGUGGAGCAUCAACCACCGGAAGGUGACCCCUGGGACAGGGUGGAGCAUCAACCACCGAAAGGUAACCCCUGGGACAGGGUGGAGCAUCAACCACCGGAAGGUGACCUCUGGGACAGGGUGGAGCAUCAACCACCGGAAGGUGACCUCGAGGAUCGGGUGAAUCAACCACCGGAAGGUGACCUCGAGGACAGGGUGGAGCAUCAACCACCGGAAGGUGACCUCGAGGACAGGGCGGAGCAUUUGAUAAAUUACAUAAACGAGGAUGAGAGAGGAGAGGCCCAGCUGGGCGAGAGGGCGGAAGAGACCACAUUAUCAGCAAAUACAACAGGCGCGGGACCCAACGACGCUGGCCAGGGACGACGCUCCUCGGUCCUCGUUCUCAAUAGUAUCAGCGACCGACAAUAUUCUGAUGACGAGUCGAGCUCGGACGCUGACAUUGGCCUUCUGGACCAGGCUUUGUUGGACAUCGAUGAAAUGGAGCUGAACGAGAGUCCUUUGCAGUUAAACUUUGCCACCUACCAGACGAACACGAGUUCGACUGGCAUAUCAGCAAGCUCAGCGUUAGCUGCUGCAUCAGCAGCGUUAGCUGCAGCUGAUGCAGCAGCAGCAUCAGCAGCUGCAGCCGCAGCAGCUACGAAGGCGGCUCAGAGGAACUGUUCAAAGUCCGUGACGAUUUUGUCGAAUCUUGCUGCAAAUGCAGAAAACCUUUUGUCGCUGGGAGGCGUCGGUGAGGGAGUGCGUCAGAGGGCUGUUAACGAUUCAGCACCGACGAGUACUAAUGGCUUUGAGCAGGGCGUCGGCACCGGGGCAGGCGUCGGCAUGAACAAUGCCCCAGAGAGUCGAGGAAGCAGUGACAGGCUUCAGGAAGCAGGGGCGGGAGAGCGAGGACAGACCGACACCUUUGGCAGUUCGGAUUUAAUUAAUGAACGAGAAUUUGUUGAAUUUUGCUUCUUAGUGGUUGUGUUAUCGGUUGUGAUAUAUUAUAUUUCAAUUUUGUUUUCAUAAUGAAUUAUUUUUUCAUUCAUUUUAGUUGGGUUAGAUAAUGUAGUAAUUUUUAAUUAUAAAUCCAAUUUAUCAGAAAUUUACUCCAUUGUCAUAGUUUUUAAUGUACAUAUUUCAUUCUUGUCUCAUUGUUGUGUAACUUUGAGUGGCCAUGUAGUCAUUAGAAUACUUUCACUUUUUGCUAUUUUCAGCUGCACUUGUUUGUCUUCGCGACCUCAAACUUUUCCCCUUGUGAUGAAAAGUUCAAGAUAAUGUUAUAAGCUCAACGAGGUUUGAAACCAUGUUGUUUUGAUGGGACUAUUCACGUGAAAAUUUUGUGUUUUCUUAACUUUGAUCAAAGACUACUGAUAUGAGAUGUAAAUAUUCAUUUCCCGAAGAGGCUGAUGGGCAAUUUAAUAUUAUUCAAGAUACUCAAAUUGUUAUUAAAAAUUACAAAAAUAAAUGUUAAAUUGACUAAAUUCCAAGCCAUAAAUUUCUCUCUCGGACUCGUAUUAUAUUUCCACCCUCUCCCUUCUCUCCCAUCUCUCCAUUCACUCUACCCCUCUCCCACCCCUUCAUAAUUUCCUUAUCUAUACUUUUCCCCUACACACUAGUUACAUUUCCCCAACCCCGUAUGUACAUUGCAUUCUUAAAAAUAUACAUAUAAGCUGAUUCCAAUAAAAUGGAAAAUGUGAAUUAACAUAUCGAGAAUCCCCAAAAUGAGUGGAUUUUCAGGUGACGUCUUGCCUACAAGGGAUUUCAUCAAAUGUAACAGAUAAGAGUUCGAGGUGUUGUAGGGAGAGCCUGUGGUGUGUGGAGGUCAGUCAAGACUUACGAGGGAUUGUGAUGUAAAAAUGUUUUAAAGUAUUAGAAAAGAAUGGAAGCACUGGUAGAUUGUCCAUGUUUAUGAUGGUGGUGUAGUGUCGAUGGCUGCAGACCUUGCCAUCGCCCCUAAUGUUAGUUUUCUUUAAUGAUUCAGUUUUGCAGAGAUUUGUGGAGUGGUCCUGCUGUGUGAAGUUUUGGUGUUACCGCCACGGCUGGUGUACAGGUGUUGCUCCUGCUUCCUGUGUGUUGCUGUUACUGACCCAGCAGGUAUUCCCGUUCCUUAAACGUUAACAAUCCGGCUUUCUGGAUGCGUCAUAUUGACUGUCACAAGGAAUAAUGUUAUACACCUCUGUUGUUGGGACUUGUUUAAUUCUGCUGCUGACGAAGGUGCUGCUGAUGGUGCUGCUGCUGCUGCUGCUGACUGUAAUCGGAUAUUUUGUGCACAAUGUUUUAGUUUUGCUGUACUGUUUGUGUCUGUUUGUUGCUGUCCUGUUGGGAGAAGAACCCGUCACUCUCCUCCGUUUUGUUCAGUAUUCGUGUUAACUUUUUUUUUCUCUCCUUCCACAUUCCCUAAUGAAGGAAAUUUUGUGUAUUGUGUGUAUUUUAGGUUUAGAAAAAAAUGGGCUAUAUAUUGACAUCUCUCUUCAAUGAACUGCCGGUUACAUAUACUUUAAGCUCGGGGGAAGAAUCAAAUCCCUUUGCCUCAUUGCGAGAAUACAAAUACAGCAUUCAUAGGAUGGUUGCACGUAAGCCUUUGGCCUUGUGCGCCCCCAACUUUCAUUAUUAGUGUGUCCAGGAGAGAAAGUAGUCUUUGUAAAGUAAAUGCAAUUUGUGGGUUAAUGGUGUUAGUAAUAUUAUUCCAAUGGGAACGGCUUAGCUUGAAGCUUAAGACUUUAUCCAGUAAUUUAAGUGCUGGAGAUUCUGGUCCUGAAUGAAAGCAAGACGAGGCUUUAGCCUUCUCUCCGACACUGUGAAAUUACAUAGUUAUGCCUUAAUUUUCAAACUAUGCCGCUUUAACUUUAAUGAUUUCAGGAGCACACAAUGAAGUUUAGGAAGAGAUGGCUAACAUUGUUUACACUAAUAAUGAAAGAAGGUGACACACAAGGUCAAAAAGGAAACAGCCUAUGAAAUCGACCUAAUUUUUGUUUGCUUUCGUCAUAACAGGACGCAUCGAGGCAGAGAGAUUUGAUUCUUCAGAGUUUAAAAUAAAUAUAUAACCAGCAGCUCCUUGAAGCGAAAUGUCAAUAUUUCCAUACUAAACCUUAAAUAAUCUAUCCUCCAUUAGGGAUUGCAAGGCGACAACAUUAACAGAACACUAAGCGAAUCUGAGUGAUGGUAACUUCUCCCAACAGGACAGAGAAAGCAUUACAGCAAACAUUCUAAAAUAGUCAAUAUAUCUUGCACAAAACAGCUACGACAAUCUUUACUACGACGAAGAAUAUGCAAGUGAAAUAUAUUUAUUAAGUCAAAUGGUUGAAUCUACAUAGUAUGCCAGCUGGGUCAAUAAUACCAACGUCCCUUGUAUCGCACAGGAAGCACAGGAUCAACAACUGUAGAUUAUAAGUACGAUAACCUCAAGACAACAUCGAUAGCAGACUGUUUACUCUGCAGCCAGAUAACAAAAUAUCAUCGUACACAAUGAUAGAAACUAAAAGUACUUCCCUUACUGAUUUAAUACUAAAUAGCACAACAAUUUCUCGUUUCUCGCCCUUACCUUACACUCUUCCAUACGACUUACCAUGAUCAGAAAUUUUCAGGCGAGACGUCAAAUGAAAAUUGAUCAUGGUUGUCAGUGUGGUCGAGUUGUUACACACACACACACACACACACACACACACACACACACACACACACACACACACACACACACACACACACUCACACUCACACUCACACUCACACUCACACUCUCUCUCACACUCACACUCACACUCUCACACUCUCGACUAAUAUGUAGUGUAAUUGUGUAAUUGUAAAUUGAAUGUUAAAUUAUCUAAAAAAUGUGAUGAAUGAAAAUGAUAAGUGUACUAAUUAAACUAACUCCUGUACAUACAGUUGUAUCGAAGAAAUAUUUAGACGAGUUUGUAGUGUUGAAUUGUGUGAUUGGUGCUUCGUGGUGAUUGUAGCGCAGGACUGCCUCCAUUUUUGUUACAGUUGAACUGGAGUAUUGUCUUCAAAAAUAAAACAUGUGAUUAACCAAACAUCAUUUGUAUUGAUGUUGGUCUUUAUAAUGUGUCCUCUUCCCCCCCCCCCCCCCGAGGGAGGCGUUUUGUUAAUACUAUUGUUUUGUGAAGUUGCUGUUUUGUUAUAUAUUUGUUUUGUAAAAUUUAAAGUGAUUAAAAGGAGCCAGUUUGUUUCUACUUAAACUCCUUUACUUAGUUCAAAGUAACUUGUACGUUACUUACAGCUCCCAAUAAUGUGCUGCUGGAAAUAGAAUGCGAUAUUGCAUUUUGUGUUUUACAGUUAUGACAUUUUAUAAUACAUGUAUUAGUUUAUACGUUCGUGUACUUUCUGAACUGUUGUCAACUGAAAAAUUCAUGAAUUUUAUAGUUAGGAAAAUCUAUUUUAUAUUCAGUUACGUGUUAGUGUAUUUGUUUAUAAAAUAAAAAUAAAAAAAAUUUA